UCUUAGCGGACGGUCGUUUUUUCCUAUAGUUUGCCAAAACUAUUCAAAUCAGCAUUUUGGCUAAUAAAUUCGGGAAAAAUGUCGGUUCCAGGUACCUCUGCCACAAUUAUUUCUAGCAGCAGUCAAACACAAAUCUCCCAAAUGUCCUGGGAAAUGGAUAAUAACGUAGAGCUUGUAGAUGAUGAAAUCUACAAAUACGACGAAGUGCAACACGGUAACAUUUUGUCUGCUCAACCAUGGGAUAAAGACCCUCAUUUCUUCAAAAACAUCAAAAUAUCAGCCUUAGCUCUGCUAAAAAUGGUAAUGCACGCAAGAUCAGGAGGUUCCCUAGAAAUUAUGGGCCUCAUGUUGGGUAAAGUAGAUGGAAAUACAAUGUUCGUAAUGGACUCCUUUGCUCUACCAGUGGAAGGAACCGAAACUAGAGUAAACGCCCAUGACGAAGCUUACGAGUAUAUGAGCUCCUAUAUCAAUGCUGCUCAACGUGUUGGAAGACAAGAGCACGCAAUAGGCUGGUACCAUAGUCAUCCAGGUUACGGUUGUUGGUUGUCUGGCAUAGAUGUUAGCACUCAAAUGCUAAAUCAACAUCACCAGGAACCUUUUGUUGCUAUUGUCAUUGAUCCGGUGCGUACCAUUUCCGCUGGGAAAGUUUGCUUGGGAGCUUUUAGAACCUACCCGAACGGUUAUAAACCUGCUAACGAAGCACCGUCUGAAUACCAAACCAUACCUCUAGAUAAAACUGAAGAUUUUGGUGUACAUUGCAAUAAAUACUAUUCGUUGGAUGUUUCCUACUUUAAGUCCGCUCUUGACAAAAGAUUGUUGGAUACUUUGUGGAAAGAGUAUUGGGUUAACACUCUCAGCUCAUCCAGUCUACUUACAAAUGCGGAGUAUACUAACGGACAAAUAAUGGAUUUGGCUAAAAAGCUUGAGAACUUUGAUUGCACCAAAAUGUCCAAAACCUCCGAGGAUAUUUGCAAAACCAGUAUUGAAAUGAUCAAUGGACUAAUGGAGCAAAAGAUUAAAAAUAUGUUGUUUAAUCCUGCUAUAUCUAUUUAAAAUUAUUUUGUUCCUGAAAAUGGCGUUAAGUAUUUCAUCAUUGAUCAUAUUUAUUUUUUGUAUUCAUAUUUAGAAAUUAAUAAAUAUUUUUUUGAACUUGCUAAAAGUGUGAUUGUAUGUAGCACGUAGGUAAAUGCAAAAACGUAUGCCUGAAUGAGUGAGUGGGGGGGACGCUACGAACUACCGCACAAUCUACAAACAAACAAGAGACGGAGUAUAUGGGGCAAUUACAUAUAGAUAUGCUUUGUUUCAUUCUCUCGCAGGCGAAAUCCUAAUAAUCUAUAUCGUUUCUCUGAACUUCCGACUUUUUCGUUUCACAUUUCACAGCGUUCCGAUAAGUUACGCUUAAAAAAAGAAGAGAUCUAAUAAAAUUAUUGUAAACAUAGCCUAAGAUAAUUCCCAAUGUUUUGAUUUGUAUCAAAAACAAGAUUUUACAAAAUAAUAUAAAAAGCUUAUAAAAACUUCAAAAAUAUGUUCUCCCUGGCAAGAACUCUAUUAGUAACAUCCAAACGUCUGUAUUCUCCGUGCACCACAAUCCUAUCUGCAAAUUUCCAUGCCCUAGUCAGCAAAACAGUACUAAACAUACCGAAAAUCGCUUUACUAUCGCCAGAAACUCCGAGCCUGCUUCCUAGUUGUGGCUUUAAAAUGGUGGGCAAAGUCAGGCGUAGAUGCAAAGACUGUUUCCUCGUCAGACGAGAAGAGAGAUUAUAUAAUAUCUGCAAAACGCAUAGAAGACACAAGCAAAUGUCGAUGAUGAAACGGGCGAGAAAUACUUGGAUACUUUCACAUGCUACACAGUCAAAAGUCAGACCGUGGUAGUCUUUUUUAUGGACUUUAUGAAUGUAGCUUUUAAUUGUUUAAAUAAUAAACACUAUA